AUGUUCACCUCCUCUGGAGACCCCGAUGAUAGCUUGCCUGGCCAAGGCUCUAAGUCCAAUGCAGCCAACGCUAUUCAACUGCCAACUUCGAACAAUUGGCGGACUUGGUCUGUUGUCAAAGUUAGCCUCUCCCAUCUACCCUCAAAUGUCUCCACCGCAGACAUUCACAAGAAUUUCAUUCGCGAGGGUAAUAUCUCCUCAAUCGACAUCAACCAGAGCCGUCGUGGUGGUCAGCUAAGCUCCGCCGAGAUCAGAUUCAAGCCCCCUCCAGCAAGACCUUUCUGGGCCAAGGGUGCUUGGAAGUUCGAGACGAAUGAUCGCAAGAAAUGCAAAAUUGGUGUGCGCCUUUCAGAAUGGCAGAAGAAGAAUUACACAGUCCCAAGUCCUGGACGUGAUGUCGUCUACCCAGAAGAGAUCGUUCUUCAUGGAACGACACUUGGUUUUGGCAUCUUAGGGAAGGACAAGGAGAUGACCGUCAUGAACACUGUCUCUUCUCACUCCGAAGCCCUCCCGAACGCUGAAGCUGCAAACCUCAGUCUUCUUCUCAAUCUGAGGAAGCGCGAGAUCGAGGUUCACUUUCCAAUCCUUCUGCAGUCCAAGAAUGGCUCUCGAACUCGUCUAUAUCGCUUUCCAGUCUCACUUGACGACAACUUCAGUAUCUGGAGACUGGCCGCCGGCACGUACACCCGUGCAUCAUACAUCGUUCACGUUCGUAAUCCUCCUUGGUACUCGCGCCGCUUGGAGACCGCCAUGUCUGCUAGCCACGUCAAAGAUGCAAGAAUCUGGCGAGAGGAUGACCUGUGGACGCGACAGACUGACAUCGUUACACACAAGGAUACCUUCACGACUAUCAAUGAGACGCCAGUCGCUUUGAGGAAGAACCUCAACCGAAUCAAUCUCGCUCGGUGGACUACUUUCAAGUUCGAUCUUGACAUGCACAAGCACAGCGAAAUGGGGUUGAAGUUAUUCGAAUCUGCUCUUCAAGAUUUCAACGUUCGCGUGGACACUAAUACCCAAGACUUCGUCGUCGUCAACAAGAUCAGGACGGACGAAGCAGCCUACUGGUCGGACAUCGAAAACACAGGCGAUCCCAGAAAUCCUCUUGAUGAUGGCUUUGCUCUUUCAUUCGGCCUUCGCUAUCAGCUGGAAGUCUGUAUCUCAAACGGAUGGUUAAGUGAAUACGCCAUCGACCAGACAUUUCUACGCAAGCUCAAAAUGCUGCCAGAAGCCAAGGCCAAGCAAAUGCUCGUCCACGUCGAUGCGUUCGGCGAGGAAAUUCACGACCCAAUGACUAUCUUUACCGACAUCAGAUAUCAGAAGCCAGUUCGUGCGAGACAGCUUCCCAGAAAUUGCGUCCUUGUGUACCACGCGACCGUAACAGCGUCUGGGCUCAAGAUUCAUACUCCAACCGUUGAUUAUUCCAACCGCGUCGUUCGCAAGUACAUGCAGCACGCUGACCGCUUCCUUCGCGUAAAAUUCGAGGACGACGAAUAUCGUGGACAAAGCAAGAUUUUUGCCUCGAGCAACAAGAAAAUGCAGCUCAUCAUUGACCGAGUCGGCCGUGCCCUCUCCAGUGGUAUCACGAUUGCUGGAAUCCAUUAUGAGUUUCUAGCAUAUGGCAACUCCCAACUGCGCGAACAUGGCGCAUACUUUUUUGCCUCAAAGCCUGAAAUCUCGGCCAGCAUGAUCCGGGCAGAGAUGGGCGUUUUUGACAACGAAACAAUCGUCGCCAAGCUUGCUGCUCGCAUGGGGCAGUGCUUCUCGACAACUGUUCCGUUUCAUUACCCAUUGCCUCCUAUCACAAAGGACAAUUUGAUCCCAGAUAUCAUCAUUGGCAGCCAUAUUUUCAGCGAUGGCGUCGGCAAACUCUCGCCUCUUGCUGCAACCCUGGUGCAGGGCAAUCUUGGUAUUUCAGGUCAAACUCCUCCCUCUUGCUUCCAAUUUCGUCUCGGUGGAUGCAAAGGAGUCUUAGUAGUCGACCCAUCGCUAGCUGGAAUCACUGUUCAGAUUCGACGCAGUCAAUUCAAGUUCGAGAGCAAGUCUCAGGAACUGGAAAUCAUUCGUUGGUCCCACUUUUGGCAACCGUUCCUCAACCGCCAGAUCAUCCUUGUCUUGAGUUUCCUCGGUAUAAAGGACCAGGUGUUCCUGAACAAGCAGAAAUCAACCAUCAAAGCCCUCGAAAAGGCGAUGAAGGACGAUAAUGCCGCAUUGACGGCGCUACGCACCCAGGUUGAUCCAAACCUCAUGACCCUAAGCAUGUGUGACUUGGUCUCGAACGGCUUUCGUCGCGUCAAAGAGCCUUUCGUUAUGUCUCUGCUGGAGCUUUGGCGUGCGUACAGCUUGAAGUAUCUGAAAGAGAAGGCCAAGAUUCCCGUCAGUGAUGGGGCCUUUGUGCUGGGUACGGUUGAUGAAACUAACUCUCUUCGGGGGCAUUUCGAUAAGCUCCAAGCCCCAGACACAGCUAGUCGACAGGAGAAGGAGAAAGGUCUACCAGAGAUAUUCCUGCAGAUCACGGAUCCCAAGACUGGCAAGCUCAAGGUCAUCGAGAGCGUCUGCAUACUGGCUCGGAACCCUUCUCUCCACCCCGGCGAUAUUCGCGUCGUCAAGGCUGUCAAUUCUAAGGCACUGCACCAUCUCCGCGAUGUGGUAGUUAUGCCUCAGAACGGCGAUCGUGAUCUUCCCAGUAUGUGCUCUGGAGGCGAUUUGGACGGCGAUGAUUACAUUGUGAUCUGGGAUCAGACUCUUAUUCCCGACAAUUGGCAAGAGGAGCCUUUCCACUAUGAACCGCCCAACCCCGUCCAAGCUGAGGGCGAGAUCACCACGAAACAUAUCAUCGAUUUCUUCCUCCACUAUCUCAUGAACGAUCAGCUAGGUAGGAUCGCUCACGCGCACUUGGGAUCGGCAGACUUCCUUGACCUUGGGGUCAAAAGUGAUGACUGCUUGAGGCUGGUCCAAGCGCACUCGACAUCUGUCGACUAUCCUAAGACCGGUGUGCCCGCAGAGCUUCCCCGAGAUCUGGAACGUAACAAGUGGCCUCACUUCAUGGAGAAACGCGGUCACCCGUACGUGAGCAAGAAGAUUCUUGGUCAAUUGUAUGACGAUGUCAAGAAGUCUGUUAAGCGCUUUGGCUUCAAGACUCGAUACAACACCGAGUUCGAUAAGAGGAUUCUUCACUUGGACCGUCCGCAAGACCACUACUUCGCCGAGGUGGAGAUCAUCAAGCACGAGUAUGAUAUGGCUUUGCAGCGCAUCAUGGCACAACACAAGAUACAGACAGAGUUUGAGGUGUGGUCUACGUUCGUCAUGUCUCACAGCAAGCAAUCUCGAGAUUUCAAGUUUCACGAGGAGAUUGGGCGCAUUUCGAAGAACCUGAAGGAUGAGUUCCGUCAAGAGCUUGUCAGAGUUGCCGGCGGUAACGACUUCGAUCGAUUGAUGCCAUACGCGUUGGCCGCCUAUCAAUUCACCGCUGCCCAAGUUAGCGCCGCUCUACGUGACGGCCAGGAGACUGAUAUCGACGAAAAGGAAGGCCACGCCGAAGAGGAGGAAGUUAUCGGACCGUCGACACCCAAGGUGCCUUUCUGCAGCUUUCCCUGGAUCCUUGCAGAUGUGCUGGGUAAGAUCGCAACUACCUCCAACGUGGGAGAAGGCACGGAUCCUAGCAAACUCGCCAUCCAGGUUAUCCCGGGGAACGAUUCGCAAACAUAUGCGCGCGCUUCAUCUAUGAACCACAAGGACCUGUCACACGGUUUUGCAGACAACGACGCUUCGAAAAUGGUGAGAACACUGUCUGCUAACAAAAAGAUUCGCCAGGCGGGCAAGGAUGAGGUUGUCGUUUCCAGUGAUAACGACUCGUACGACCACGUUUCUCAAGAUCCAUCUUCGGCGGAGCCUAGUCCUAUCGAUGAGGAAAUGCGCUUUGGAGAAGCCAGUGUGGCUCGCCUUACUAUGAAUGUGGGCAAAGAGGUGAUGAAGGAUCCAGCGCUAAUGACUGAAGCGGAGAAGGCGGCGCUGUUUGCGGACGAGGACGAUCUCUGA